AAAUUUGCUAAACAAUCAAAACUCACAAACAAAACUUUCCAUCUUCUUGAGAGAAAGAAAGCAAUGGCUGCCACAAAAUCAAACUUACAUGUGCGCUCAAACAGUUUGCCCACCAAAUCACACCCUCUUAUUCAAGAGUGCAGUAACCAUUUGUUGAGAUUAGGGUCUUCUUAUGCAACUUCAUCAUCAUCUUCCAUUGCCCAUCAACUCAAUGGUCUUGAGGACUUGCACCUUUGUGUUGAGAAGUUGCUUCAGCUUCCCCUCACUCAACAAGCAUUUUCCCAAGGCCGCCAAGAGAAAUGGGUUGAUGCAUUAGUGGAUGGAUCUCUUAAGCAGUUAGACAUGUGCAGUGCAGCCAAAGAUGCUGUUUUGCACAUAAAGGAAUGCGCACGAGAUAUUCAAUCAACCAUGCGAAGAAAAGUUAGCCUUGAGAAUGAGAUUAGAAAAUACUCUGCCUCAAGGAAAGUUGUUAAAAAGGCAAUCCAAAAGGCCUUGGGGAGUUUGAAAGGGUUUGAAUCAAAAAACUCAGUCUCUCCUUCCAACAGUGAUGGUGAGAUCACAGCUUUGGUUAGUGUUAUGAGAGAGGUGGAGGCUGUCACUCUUGCGGCGUUUGAGUCCUUGUUGUCCUUUAUUUCUGGACCAAAGACACAUUCUAAGCUUGGUGGUUGGUCUUUAGUUUCCAAGCUUAUGCAAAGCAAAAGAGUUGGAUGUGAUGAAGAUGUUGUUAAUGAAUUUGCAAAGGUGGAUGCUGCACUAAACAACCUCAUGAGUAAUGAGACAAGGAAGACUGACCAGGCUGUGAUAGAGAUGCAAAGUCUAGAAAUGUGCGUUCAAGAUUUUGAAGAGAGACUAGAAUGCUUGUUCAGGCGUUUAAUUAAAACCAGAGUUUCCAUUCUCAACAUCAUCAACAAUUAGAUGAAAAAAUACAUCUAAAAUUUUGACACUGUAGAUAAAAAAAUGUUCACAAAUAUAUACUUGUAAAUAAUUACUC